GGCAGGGCGCGGCGCCCCGCACGGGCUGCGCGGAGCGGAGCGGCGAUGGGCUCGGCCGGCAGCGGGGAGGGCUGAGGGCGGGCGGGGAGCUGCUCCGCGCCCGGCCAUGCGCCCCCGCGGAGCCCCGCGCUCCCCCCGCUGAGCGGCUGGGUGGGUGGGUGGGUGUGGGGGGGGUGCGGGGGCCGCCCCUCCCCGCUCCCCCCCGCAACUUUGAACGAUGAUCACAGUCAACGCGGAUGGGAAGAUAAUGGUCAGAAGAUGCCUCGUCACCUUGAGACCCUUUAGGAUAUUUGUGCUGGGCAUUGGAUUUUUCACCCUGUGCUUCCUGAUGACGUCGCUGGGAGGGCAAUUCUCAGCCAAGCGCCUGGGAGACUCGCCCUUCACCAUCCGGACCGAAGUGAUGGGCGCGCUGGAGUCCCGAGGGGUGCUGCGGCGAAUGAGCGACAUGCUGGAGAUGCUGAUGAAGAGGAUGGACAUCCUGGCCAGGCUGGAAAAUAGCACUGACUUCCACAAAGGGGAUGAAGCGCGAUUCCCUCUGGACAGGUUCCAGCCAGCAGCCGGGCUGAUGGAGAGGAUCCAAGCUAUAGCUCAAAAUGUCUCAGACAUCGCAAUAAAAGUAGAUCAGAUUCUCCGGAACAGCCUCCUGAACGGGAAAGUGGUGGAAGGCAGGAGGGACCAGUGCGAGGUGCCCAGGGACCCCAAGUACCCUGACUGCGCUGGGAAAGUGGAGUGGAUGAGGGCCAGGUGGACCUCCGACCCCUGCUAUGCGUUUUUUGGUGUGGACGGCACUGAGUGCUCAUUCCUCAUCUACCUCAGCGAAGUCGAGUGGUUCUGCCCUCCCCUGCUGUGGCGAAACCGGACGGCGGCUUCGCCUUCCCCCCCGCCGCUGCCCCGGGCGCAGGCAGCUUUUCGGAGCGACCUGGCUCGCCUCCUGGAGCUGAUCGGCACGGGCAAGGAGUCCCUCAGCUUCAUGAAGAAGAGGAUCCGGCACUUGGCCCAGCAGUGGCUGCGGGCGGCUCGGCGCCUCGAGCAGAAGCUGAAGGGCCAGCAAAGGGACCAGAAACACAUCUUGAUCCAUAUCGGCUUCCUGACGGAGGAGUCGGGGGAUGUUUUCAGCCCGCGGGUGCUGAAGGGGGGCCCUCUGGGAGAGAUGGUGCAGUGGGCUGACAUCCUGGCUGCCCUCUUCCUCCUGGGACACAGCCUGAGGGUCACGGUCUCCCUGAAGGAGCUGCAGAGUCACUUAGGGGUGCCUCCAGGACGGGGAAACUGCCCCUUGACCAAUCCUUUGCCUUUCGACCUGAUUUACACCGACUACCAUGGUCUCCAACAGAUGAAGCAGCACAUGGGGCUCUCCUUCAAGAAAUACAGGUGCCGCGUCCGGGUCAUCGAUACCUUUGGGACGGAGCCAGCGUACAACCACGAGGAGUACGCCACGCUGCGCGGCUAUCGCACCAACUGGGGCUACUGGAACCUGCAGCCCACCCAGUUCAUGACCAUGUUCCCUCACACCCCUGACAACUCCUUCAUGGGCUUCGUGUCGGAGGAGCUCAACAAGACGGAGAGGCAAUUCAUCAAGUCCAACAAAGUGAGCAGCAUGGCAGUGGUGUACGGGAAGGAGGCCAGCAUCUGGAAGUUGCAGGGUAAGGAGAAGUUCCUGGCCAUCCUCAAUAAGUACAUGGAGAUCCACGGCACGGUUUAUUACGAGACGCAGCGGCCGCCCGAGGUCCCGGCGUUCGUGAAGAACCACGGGCUGCUGCCACAGCACGAGUUUCAGCAGCUGCUGAGGAAGGCGAAGCUCUUCAUUGGCUUUGGGUUCCCCUAUGAGGGUCCUGCCCCGCUGGAGGCAAUCGCCAAUGGCUGCGUUUUCCUGCAGGCACGUUUCAACCCCCCGCACAGCUCCCUCAACCAUGAGUUCUUCCGUGGGAAGCCGACGUCGAGAGAGGUGUCCUCCCAACACCCAUAUGCCGAAGACUUCAUCGGGAAGCCACAUGUGUGGACUGUCGACUACAAUAACUCCGAAGAGUUUGAAGCUGCUAUCAAAACCAUCAUGAGGACCCAGGUGGACCCUUACCUGCCUUACGAGUACACCUGCGAGGGGAUGCUGGAGCGGAUCCAUGCCUACAUUCAGCACCAGGAUUUCUGCAACAUGUCAUCUCCUCCUCUGCCUCCCAAGGCCAAGAGUCCUGCUAUGCAAAGCCCUCCGAGCCCGCUGGCCCUGUCCCCCAAUGCCACCCACCUGGUGUGGUCCCCCAGCGCCAGCCGGGACCCCCACGCCUGGCCCCCCGUGGACUCGCUGCAGGUGUGGGUGUCGGAGACCCGGCACACCUGCACCCAGACGUGCCGGCGGCACGGGCUGGUCUGCGAGCCCACCUUCUUCAGGUUCCUCAACAAGAAGGAGGUGUUUCUCCAGCUCAGCAUCACCUGCGACAGCACCGAGUACGAGAUGAACCAUCUUUACCCAGCGGUGGCUGAGAACGUCCACGAGUGCUACCUCCAGAAGGAGCCGCUGCUCUUCAGCUGUGCAGGGUACAACACCAAGUACCGGCGCCUCUGCCCCUGCCGCGACUACCGCAAAGGACAAGUGGCUCUGUGCAGGGACUGCUUGUGACUUGGUGUGUCCCCCCUCCGUGUUUGUGACACGCAACGUGCAACGAGUGGCUUUUUCUGAAAGCUUCUGCAAUAGAUGAGGGAGGUGGGACAGGUCCCUCCCGGCGGGUGAGCCGGGGGUGUCAGACUCUGGGGGUUGUUUCAUCUGCCAGUCAGCUGUGAAUGACCGUGUCCUGACCUUUUGUUUCAUUUUCUUCUCGAGGAGCAUCAUCCGACCACAACCGAACCCACCUGGACAGGGUGGUGGGGAGGUGGGGGCUGGGGACACCCUUCCCCUUUUCUGGCGAUGGGACAAGCCACCAGCAGACUGCAGUUUCAGGGUUUUCAUCCUCUUCAAGCAUCCUAGGUUGUUUUAUUUAUUGAUUUUUUUUUUUUUUUUUUAACCCUCCCCCCUGACAAGUGGUAAAUUAAAGGGGAAGCAACACCCAGCCCUUCUGUGGGAGUUAUUGGGCAGAGCUGUGCUGGGGGACACGGGGGGACUGCCUGUGCCUGCCUUGGCUGCGGAGCUGGGGGAGGACAAAGCCCAAGGAGGGCGGCUGGGUUGGAUGGACACAGCGGGGUCUGCACCCAUGGUGCCCCCAGAAAGAAGCCGGUGGGGCUGGGUGGCCCCCAAGCUGUCCCUGGGAAGCACAGGGCAGAAUGGGGCUGGGGAGGGGUCCCGGGAAGGAUGCUGGUCCCCAGGGCAAUGCUGAAGCGAGCCCCCCAGCCCCUCGGCUGCUCUCUGCCCCGCUGGGCUGUGCACAGAGCUGGACAUCCCUCCAGGGAACGAGGCAUCGGAGGUGGCAGCGGGGGCACAGGGGCUGCUCGGGGGUCGAAUAAGCAGGUGGGAAGGAGGAUGUGCUGCAGCAGCCGAGAGGAAUUGCUGGUGGGCACAGACCGAGGCCAGGGGAGAGGGGGCAACACAGCAGCUGCGAAAGCACCGUCGUGGCUCUGCGUGCCCCAGAUGUUGCAGCCACAGGAGGAGGUGAGCUCCAAGCAACCGUGCAUGGUCUUCGCUUCUUUAACUUUUCUUCAUGCCAUUCAUCUCACUUUAGGGGACUUUUCACUGCUGCCAGCAUUUCCCUUCCUGGCAUGUCCCCAGGUUUGCUCGGUGACCUGGUUUGUUUUUGUAGGGUUGCUCACUGGAGCAAGGCUGAGUGUAUUGUUGUAAGGUCGGUGCUCAGCCCUUCUGUUGAUUGGAAGCGUUCAAUGGUGAGACUCCUGCAUCCUGUAAAACACGUGGCUGGGAAUUCCCUCCCAGCCCUUCUCUGCAUGGAAGAGCUCCUGGCCCAGCCAGCAAGGGAAGCCGGUGGGGUGGCAGCCUGUCCUGACAGGGUCACCACUGCGUCCCAGACACCGGCAGGCUUGUCCUCCCCCCGUCUCGAGGUGACUGAUGGCGAGCAGUGCCAUGGCAGGGUGAGUACACGAGGUCUCCCCCACGACCCAGCUGCUCGCUGGAGCUGUGCCACGCAGCCCUGGCACCUCCAGCCCAUCCUCCCCGCGGCUCAGUGGCUUGCAGCCAGGUUUGGGGAGAAAAUGUCAUUCCUUCAGCUCUGCAACGACACCAGGCAGACCCCAGCUUCCCUCACCAUCUCCCCGCUCUGGCCCCGGGAAGGGGGACACGCAUGGUGCUUGUGUCCUUCUGGCAUCCCUUCAGCCGAGCCCGUGAGCCCGCUGCGGCGAGACCAGCCGCAUCCUGCGCCAGAUGAGGCGGGAGCUGGAGACGCUGCCAUUAUCCCGGAGCAAUUUGUCAUCUUCAGCGCAAAAUUGCAUAGGCAGCCUCCAUCCCGCCUGCAACACCAGACAAGGGGAAGGAUUGAUUAAGUAAUUUUUGUGUCUUGCAGCCAGCAUGUGUAUAAAUAAAAGCAGUGCAAACCUCUC